GAACUUGUCGAGCGUUCCCGCUCUGCACGCCAUCUUCGGCUGGUUUCUCUCCCAGAAUUCCGCAGGCAAUUGCGCAUGCGUUUUGAUACCAAUGCAAAUGGCGGCACUUGUUAUUGUUCCAUGGCAUUCGUGAUAGAGGGACAUUUCUAGGACAGAUUUGACACCUUUGCAGGUGGGUGUUCAAUGGAUGUUGGAGAUGGGUCCGCAGGAGGACUACAUCGAGACAGUGCUGACCUGUGAAGGGGACUUUGAUGACCCACAGCUUCACAGUCGCCUGGAGAAGUUCCGGCGGAGCUUAAAAGAUCUCCUGCUGACGGAUAUGCACAAGCUUAUCCUUAAGAAGGUUGAACCAUGGAAUAGUGUACGAGUGACUUUCAACAUACCAAAAGAGGCAGCUUUAAGACUCAAGCAGCUAGCACAGCAAGGCAAUGCAGCACUGCGUGAGCUUGGUGUCUUGGCUGUUCAGAUUCAGGGUGAUCAAGUUGUUUCUCUUACUAUCGCGGGACGUAAUAAUGAGAGAACAGAGCUUAUUCUACGCACAGCCGAGGUGAGGUCCGGGCAGCCUGCUGUGUCCGUGUUUGAUACUGGGUUACAAAGUUCUGAUGAGUUGAACUCACCUGGACCAAGCAAUGUUGAAGUGACUAGAAAGAAUAUUGCUGAUUACCUGAGGCAAGGGACCUCUUUGUUUGAUACUAUCAUAAACCAGUCGCAGCCUGGACCAGGUAAUGGUGUGUUUAAAUCUCCAAAUGUGGUUGCAACAUCAAGUGAGCCGAUCCCGUUCCGGGCGAACAAUGUUAUUAGCACAUCGCCUGGUACCACGGCAACAGUCACCAGCCAAACAUCAAUGUAUAACUUUCCACCAGGGAGGAGCCCUACAGGAUAUCCAGCAUCACCAAGUGCAAAUUAUCCAACAUCUCCUAGCGCAAGCAGGAGCCCAGUUCACCAGCCUGGCCUCAAGUAUCCUUCUCCCCCGGGCCUUCCACCUGGAAUACCAACUGCCCCACCUAGUAUGGGCAGCAUGAAUCAUGUUAGACUCCCACCUCCACCACCAUACCCAGGUGUAAGCACUGUGAAUAACAUACCCAGACCAGGCAAAGCUGUGAGUGUUUCCAGCCCUUUGCUGGUGAAUUUGUUGCAGACUGAACCCUUGGUGGCUGGAUUCAACAACCUGCCUGGCAGCAAGAUGCUGCCACCACAGGAAGGAGGUCCUCCAGCCAAGAAGAGGAGACGUCCAAGAAAGCCUAAGGAAGCAACCAAGCCUUCAGCUGUACCUUCUGAUGGAGAAGUACCUAUACAGAGUGUUCUGAAUCCAGCUCUGGAUGCAGCAACAAUGCUCUCCAAUGACCGUGUUGAGAGCUCAAUGGACUCUACCAAUGCAGGUCAUCCUGCUGACCCUAAUGUCUCAUUGAAUCCCAAUCAGAGGCUUACUCCAACCUCUAUAGCUCCUGUGUUGGGGAGCUCCUCUCAGUUAAACAUCUCACCUCUUAAUGUUGAAAGUAGACUAAAUCCUAAUGAAAGUGUGGGGUCUGGUACCCAACCACCAUUCGAGGGUUUGCCUCUCGGUGUGGACUCUUUAUCUGAGCCAUCUAUACCAAAUUUAAUAGAGGAGAAAGGUUUUGUUCAUGAACAGCCAGAUCCUUUUCCACCCGAAAUUACUGCAGGAAAAAUCAUUAACCCAUACACUGGACAGUUAGAACCCAUGGACAGGAGCCCUGUUAAAAGUGCAAAAUUAGGUGGUGGUGGUGUUACACAAGUGAAAAACAAAGCUCAACGCAUGAAAUCUGCUUCAAAACCCAAUCGAGAGAAUGUGCAUGAUGUAUUUCUGAACAGGGGUAAGAAGCAUGUAAACAAGAAAAGUGCUACAGUUACAAGUGAGGAUGUGCAGGCCCUGGCUAUCAUGACUGGUCAGGUGCCUGUUGCAGGAAGUAGUGAUGUGUUUGGUGUUUCUAAAAGGACAGUUGAAAGGGAGCAUUGCCAACCAUCUGAGAGGUCACCGGAAAGUGCAGAGGUUGCUGCAGCAAGUGCAGAAGCAGCAGCAGCAGCAACAACAGCAGCAGCACAAAGUGCUAAUGUACCACAACAGAUCUAUGCAGAAGCCCAGCAGUCUAGUCAGUGUGCAUCCACAGCUGUCAGUGUGUCCGCAUCUUUGUCCAGUACAGCAAUGCCAAGCCCAACUGAGUCUCAAGCUAAUGUUACAAUUGGUAUGGGAAUAUUGAACUCCGCGGGGCCUUCCGUAGCCAGUCUGGCAUCUGGUAAGGCCUCCUCGCCACCAUACCCUAGUGGACCCCUUGGGCAGCCUUUGUUGGAGACUUCAGCAAAGCAACAGGCCCAACCAGCACAAAGUGUGUCUCAUUCGGCAGAGCUGCAUAAUAGUGACAGCAAGUCCCCAUUAGCUGUGGACAGUGUGUUGCAGUGUACUCCUGCAGCUAGUGAGGCUGUUCUCAGUGUGGCCCAAAGUGCAAAGGCUAGUGCUAAAGUUGACUCAUUGCUCAAUUCCCCUUCCACCAGAACCACAGAUUCCAAUUGUUUGUCUGCAAGUCCAGAAAACAAGAUGCCGUCUGAAGGAGAUGACAAUUCAAACCACAGUGGCAUAAUAGGUGAUAUUACAGCUGAUAACCCUACCUCGGCUGGCUCUUUCCUGGACUCUGGGUCUGGCAAAGUGUAUAACCAUGACUCAGGGGUGGGGAGCUCAUCUGAGCGAUCUGAUGACACUCCCUCUGAGCCUGGGGACAGUGAGUUUCGAUCGACUCACCCAGCCGACUCUGAUGAAUUGUCCAAAUCACAGAAACUAUUAGACUGUAAACCUGAGUCAAAGCAGAUGACUGUUGGGUAUGUGAUGGACAAUGACCACAUGCCACAGCAGCAUAAGGACAAAAGUGACUUGGCACAUAUGCCAUUUACAACCGAAAAAGUGGCUUCUUUAGGGCAAAUCAAGAAUCAUACGAACCUAAUGUAUGGUCAAACUCCUAGCGAUCUCCACCCAAACAAUCAAGUUACAGUGCUGCAGUGGUCAACCAAAGACUCCAAACCACUUGCUGGUCAUAAACAUAUACCUGAUUAUGAACUGUUAAUGAAUUCUCGGAUUGGUAAGUUAAAAAAUGGUCCCUUGUUGCCUGAUGGUUCAGUUCACAAAAACUUGGAUAGGCAUUCUUCAUCACCUACCAAGUCAAAGACUGUUGCAGACAUUGGGAAUCCUCAUAACUCAAAUGAACUCUCCUACUCAAAAGGGCUGUCAUCAGCUGAUGGUGAAUUGCAAACCUCCAGUCCUCCAACAUCCCAGCCAGAUGUAGACCAAGGCAGUGACCACCCACCUUUCAGUGCUGACACUCUUAAGACUCAAACACCUCCAAAUUCCCUCUCCACAGGAGACAUCACAGAUAGAACGUCCAAUUUUCAGUGCAAUACUAAUAGCCCUGAGUGGUUGAACCAUCCUGGGCUAACCUCCCAGCCUGUAAGCAGUGUAUGUGAUACAGAUACAAGUGAUCUGCAUGAGCUAAGUCAAAGUUUUGCUCAGAGCGGGAGGCUAGAGCCCCACUCCCCUGGCGGGCUAGGGCAGUGUUUAACAAACAGUGAUGGAAAGUGUCAGGCUUCAUCUCCAAAAAGUGCAGCAGAGAAAUUUUUCCCUGGUAUUGCUGACAUUGAUGGGAUGCAGACAAGUGCUCGAGGCAUGCAGUUAAAGGGUGGUCAUCCUCCAGAUGGACUGAAAGGAUCCAAUAUCACCAGCAAGUACUCCAAACGAUCCUCUCCUGUGAAUGUGAACAUGCUUAACCACAUAUAUGCACCAGGUUUGCCGCUUCCAAGACGAUUGACUGAAUCUAUUCAGAGAUUAGUUAAACCUCUGGGAGAUCUACCUCAAAUGCGAGCGUGCAAGUCUCCUGGUGCAAGUGGAUCAAAGCAAGGACCAAAUGGGGAAAAGUCACCACGGGCUGCUCAUGGUACACGAUCGCCUGGAGCGAGUGUUCCAAGAAGCAGUCCAAAUGGUGGUAUUCCCACAAGUCAGGCAGCAUUAGCAUCAAGUAUGCCAUCCAACUUGCCCAACCUACAGCAGAACACUUUGAGUGGAGGUGCUGUCUCAGUGAACUCUACUACUGGCAUGCCAGUAUCAGCAUCUGUGUCACAAACUUUUAUGUCCGUUGAUGGGCAAUCAGGAUCUCAUAUGGCUGGCUCUGUUAACCAACAAUCAUCAGUAGCAGACAGGAACUUCUACUCCAGCCCCCAACAGCAUUCCACACCUCACGGCACAUAUUCAUCCCCGUCAGAAAACCAGCUGUUUGAUAGUAACGCAGUAGCAGCUUCUCAAGCAAAUGUUGUUGAUGGCAUCCCUCCUAGUCAGCAUCCAGACCUGACAGACUCUGCAGUGAUGUCGGAUAAUCAACAGACCAACAUGGCUGAUCAGUUAGUGCCUUUGUCUAUGUCCCACAAGUGCAAUACUCAUAGUGGACCCUUGUCACAAGCUAAUCCCUCAUAUGCAAAACCUGUUUCUGCUUCUGCAGAUGAUGUGUCUGACUUGACUGAUGUGAACAAAACACACUCCCAAUCUGAUCUCAAUGACAGUGCUGCUAGCCAUAAUAGUACAACUACAGAACCAAUCAGGACAAGUAAUGGGGGCAGCUGUCCUGUUCCUCUUCCUGUGAACUGUGUCCAGUCUGAAGCAGCAUCUACUGCAGGAGAAUCUCAGCAUCAGGGUGAAAGUGUGUCCCUGACUGAUGGGCAGCAUCUCUCUCAGCAUUCCACGGUGCAAAGUGCGGGUAGUAGUGAUGCUGUAGGUGUAGCUAGCAGUGCUCAAAGGCAGCUUCAUGCGCCCAUCAUCAACACACAGCCAAAUCCAAGUGAUAGUUCAGAUGUGCCAAAAUUGUCAUCUGUUGAUGGGGCAGAUGUUGAAUCUGUUGAUCAAAGUCCACAAGAUGCUGAGAUGAAUGAAGGGAUACACAUCAGCAAAGAUGUCAAAGAGGAGGUUGACACAGCCUUAAGUCAGGACGCUACCAUUGCAGAGUGCUCUCCCAAGGAUACCAAACAUGAAACUCAAGAUCUAUGCAGUUCAGAGGCAGCUAACAUCUCUGACACUCCUCCAUUAAUUGAACCAAUUGUUUCUCUACAGACUGAAAACUCAGACAUACCCAUUACAGAAUACAAGGAUGAAAACAAUGAAUUGUCCAUUGACUCACCAUUGGAUAUUCCUUCCAGUGAACCUGUAGAAGGACCACAGGAUGGAAAUGACCAAGAGGCCAAACCCGUCAAGAAGAUGGCAGAAUUACUUAUAAAACCAACAACAAACUUAAAUCCAUCAGUUGAAUCAAUGAGGACUGAUACAACAGCAAAAGAAGAAGAUAUGUAUGCAGAAGACAAAAUGAGUAAGACUAGUGAUGAUGUGGAGGAUGUGGAGGCUGAAUCCAAGGGUCAAUUCAGCACUGUCCAGCCUCCAGUCUUGCAACCAGAGCCAGAGUCCAUGCCCACAAGGAGAAUCACAAGAAAAAGGAAGUCAACUCACAGUGAAAGUGAUGGCAAAGAAAAUGACACAGAUGCUGCUCCAAGACCAGAUGCUCCUGAGAUGACUGCAAAAUCAAUAAUUGCCUUUCAAAACUCAGAAGCUGCAUCAUCAGCAAAAACAGACUCUGCUGUGUCUGGCCCCAGGACAAGGGAAACUAGGAGACAUCCUCAUGGUGAAGAGAAGAUGAAGAACACAGAGGAAGUCAAUGAUAGGCCUGCAUCAGACAAACAGCAGGAGAAAUUGGGCCAUCUGGACAAACAGCAGCUGUCCCCAAAGGAAGGAACUCAGGAGAGGAAACUUGAUGGGACAGGUGCAUCAAAGGAAGAUGACUUAUCUACAAAAAGGGGCAACACCAAUAGACGGAACAAAAGCUUGCCUGUUGCCGGCACGGAGAAGCCACAACCCUACUCUUUUUUUGACAUUUCAAUCAUCCGUGGACGAACCCGGAGCCAGUCAGCACCAAUGACUGAAAACAAAGACCAGAAGGUUGAGAAGGAGAAAGAGGAAUCUCCUGACUCUCAGAAAAGGUCAACGAGAUCCUCACGACAAAAAGAUCACCCUGAACAACCAGUUGCCAAGCGACGCCGAUCACGUGAUCACAGAUAGAAGUCUCACUGUAGACCUAGACGAACUACUGAAUACUUCAUUUACAUAGUCCAUUGUAAAUAGGCCAGUCACAGAUGACCGUGUAGAACACUUCAUACGACUUGUUUCGUUCAGAGAGUGCUCAUAAUAAGUAUGCCAGUUUCCCAGAAAUUCCAUAAACCGAUGUGGUAAUUAUCAGCAUGUUGUACAUAGCCAGAAUGUAAAUAUCUAUUGCCGACUAUUUAAGUUUGCUGUAACUCUGUACAGACUUAAAUCCUGACUGUUUCAAGUGAUAUUGACCCCAGACCCUUUUUGAGAAUUUAGAGUAUAUAUUAUGACUAAUUAUUGGUUUCACUCGGUUAUCGCUAUUGAUAAUUCAUAGGGGAUUUAUCUAGUACAUGUAGAUUAUGUACAAUUUUCCAAAACUAUUUGUUAUUUAAAGAUAUUUUUUUUAACAAUCAAAACCCAUUAUUGAUGAUGUUUUGCUUUUGACCACACUUCAUGCCAAAUGUUUACAUGCAUAGUGUAUGGGUUUGACACCCUGUUCGUGUUUUUGUGUGAGCGUGACAAAAAUGUGAUAGUUUUUGACAAACUGCCAUGUGAAUGCAUAAUUUGACAUUUGUAAUACUUUUGAGAGAUACACACCUCUCAAACAGAUUACCAUUACUGUGUGAAGACUGUUUUCUAGCAUCUUUCUCGUGUGUGUAUAUAACGCCUUUCCAUAGUGAUGUAACAUACAUACUCUCACGCGGCUUUUGCAGUUACUAAAUCUUGUUAAUAUCAUGAAAUAAACAUGUGUGGUACUAGAGUGAUUUCUUCGAGAGACUUUAUUGGAGGCUUACAUUUACAACUGUUUUGCUAGUCUUUGUUGUACAGUUUUCAUUAUUAAUAUUUUUUUUCAAAGAUUACAAAUCAUAGAGAUACAUUGACUGACUGUAUAUAUCAUUCUACAUAAUACAUACAUAAAUGAGGAUCCUUUAGAAUCACUUAUGUUGUCUUGUUGUUUCUGUUUUAGUGUGAUUUUGAACUGCAGUGGCCACCUAGUGUUGAGCUACCAGACCUACUCAUUGGCAGAUCUAGUUUGCCUGCUCAUUUGCUGACUUUCUGUUCUUUGUUAGGCUGGCUGUCAGCUUGGGCUUAGACGCUUUCCUCUGCAGUCUCUCGUCACUGAAAGGCUGUAUAUUUUUUAUUUUUAUAUACAGUAUUUGUGAAUAAAGUAUAGAUCUUAUUUCAUAACAAAG